GACAGCGAUCUCUCGAAGAAUGCAAUUUCCUGUGCAACUUCUUCAUUCAAUUUUACAGAUAUAAUCCUUUUAUGCUCGUGUCGUGUGAUUUACCGAGUCAACAUAUUAAUUGUUAUUUAAGCAUAAGAAAAAUGGACAAUUACAUAAAAUUACGUAAAGAAUUUAUAAGAGUCUCGCAAUGUCACAUCGACACGGAGGCAUUGAAACAACUGAAACAUUUUUAUUCGUACGACAUCUCCAAUCGACUUAUGGACUACAUAAACGACUUUGAGUGCUUCAUAGGAAUUUUGGAGAAACGCCGUAUAUUGGGAUAUGAUCAAAUCCUGCCACUAAAAUUUAUUUCAGAAACCUUUGUAAAAGAUCCUAUAUUGGAUGAGAUGUUGGAACGGUAUGAUACAUGCUUUCGAAGUUGUCUACCGGUCUCGCUGUAUAAUUACUAUGCAGACGAUAACGUUUUACCUGAUUUUGAAUCGUUGAGUACUCAAGAGAACUUAAAAGGUGCGUCGUCUCUAACUUGUCAUGCUCCGAGGUUUGAAAAUGGUGGCACAAAAAUAUCAAAAUCUCUGGGUGAUUCGGAGGAUAAAUUGCAAGGAAAAAUAUUAACUGGUGUAAGCGAACAAUUAGGUUACUAUUGGAAAGAUGUGGCUAGACUUUUGGAUUUAAGGGAACAUGAAAUAAAUGCAAUAGAUGCAAAGUACCAUCCAAAUUUAAAGAAGAAAAGUUAUGAGGCACUGAAAUUCUUUAUGGAAAAAAAUGCUAGUGAUAAAAAAUGUUGGAAAUUAAAAUUAUGCCGAGCACUAGACACAGCUCGCAGAAGGGAUCUUAAGGAAAUGGUUGAAGAUAUAUUAUAUUAAACGAAGGAGAUGGAUAGGUUACUUGUUCUUCUUCAAAUAAAAUUUAUAUUUCACAUUCAAAAAAAUAAU